CUAUGUAUAGAAAAUGUCAUUUUGUUUGACAGCAGCUGCUGUGAGAAAAUUUUCUGGACUUUCUUUUCUGUUUUAACUUUUGACAAAAGCAGUCAUGGCUUCAAAAGUUUCCCGUGAUACUUUGUACGAGAGCGUUAACAGCGUCUUGGAAUUCUCCUCCAAGAAGAAGCGUGGCUUCUUGGAAACCGUUGAAUUGCAAAUCGGUUUGAAGAACUACGAUCCCCAAAAGGAUAAGCGUUUCUCCGGCACUGUCAAAUUGAAGCACAUCCCCCGCCCAAAAAUGAAGGUCUGCAUCUUGGGUGAUCAACAGCAUUGUGAUGAAGCCAAGGCUAACGGCGUUGAAUGCAUGGAUGCUGAAGCUUUGAAGAAAUUGAACAAGAACAAGAAGUUGGUUAAGAAAUUGGCCAAAUCUUAUGAUGCUUUCUUGGCUUCUGAAUCUUUGAUCAAACAAAUUCCCCGUCUCUUGGGUCCCGGUUUGAACAAGGCUGGCAAGUUCCCUGGUCUUUUGUCUCAUCAAGAAUCCAUGAUGGGCAAGAUCGAAGAAGUCAAGUCCACCAUCAAGUUCCAAAUGAAGAAAGUAUUGUGCUUGUCCGUUGCUGUCGGUCACGUUGACAUGAAACAAGACGAAUUAGUCCAAAACAUCCAUUUGUCCAUCAAUUUCUUGGUAUCUUUGUUGAAGAAGAACUGGCAAAACGUUCGCUCUUUGCACAUCAAGUCAUCCAUGGGCCCACCCCAACGUUUGUACUGAUUUGUUUUUAGAAAAAAACUGUUUUUUAUGCUUUGCAUUUUUAUGUUUUAUAAAAAUGUAAAAUAAAAAAUAAUUUAAAAAAAUUA